GGUUGACACCGCGACCGCAGCAAUCUUGGCUGAAGCCUCCCGAGGCCUCGGCACCAGCGCGGUGGACAGGGCACCGUGCAUGAUGCAGCCACCGUCCCUCCUAUGGGUUGUCGCUGCCACUGCCGCUGUGGCGCUAGGAGACAUUAAGUGCAACUAUUUCGUCGACAACGAUACGUGUGUUAUCAACACGACGGCUACGGGGACACUGCUUGCCUGGAACGGCAGCGUGUUGAUCACCGGCGGGGCCGCGCUCUCUUCUGGCAUGGCGGGCGACUUGGUGAUCAGAGCCAAUGGCAGCCUCGAGAUAGAGAAGAACUCCACCGUGCUGGCGGCCAACGGGAGAGUCAAACUCUCGGGCGCCCGACUGUCGAUUCGGAGCGCCGCGAGGGUAGCGGCGAAGGUGGCGGUGGAGAUCGAGGCGGCAGCCGGGGGCGUGGAGAUCUCCAGCAAGGGCCAGGAUGAUGACCUGCAGCCCACGCUAAGCACGGCUCUCAUCAGCGUAGUGGCGAACGGCUCUGGCAGUGCCACGAUCGCCGCUGUGAUAACCGAUUACCAUGACCCCACCAGCCUGCCCGAGCUCCGCCUGCGCGCGGCCGGCACGCUGACGCUGGGGCCGCCCAAGAGGGACACGAUCUGGAACCUGAAGACACUCCGGGCGACGGCCGACACCAUCGUGCUGCUGAACCACAGCAUCCGCACCAACGGGGACAGCUGCGGCAACAGUGCAAUGCCAAUGCCUCCCGCGGACGUGUGCGCACAGUCGCUCGGCGGAGAGCUGCGAGCAGGGAGCGUUGCUUUCGACUUCGAGCUCGUGGCAGCGACGAGCCUCUCGGUGGAGUACACCGCUGUGCAUGCCGCCUCCAUGCUCCUCUGCUCUGGGGGGCAGGCAGAGCUCAAGGACCAGACCAAGCUCGACGCAAACGGGCGAGGUUGCACCGCCAACCACGGCCCCGGGGCUGGGGCGCACGGAGACGGCAAGUGCGGCGGCGGCGGGGGCUCGCAUCUGGGAGCUGGCGGCUCGGCAGCGCAGCUUGUCGCGUCCCAGAUGCGGAUGUGUGCGGCUGGUGGACUGCCGUACGAUGGUCCGGCCGGUGGUCCAGCCGGUGGUCCAGGCGCUUGGUGGUCUAGGCUGCCGACCCAGGGCGCCUCAGGGGGAGGCUGCGCGGGGGACCCGUGCGAGGCGGACCAUUCCUCUGGUGGCGGCCUCGUUUGGGUGUCCGCGCAGGAGCUCAGCGUGUCAACCAGCGCUCAGCUCCUUGCAAACGGCGAGCACGGCGAUUCGGGUUCCAAGGGAAAGGGCGCUGAGGUGGCUUGGGGUGGUGGCGCUGGUGGCCAGGUGCUCGUGUACACGAGCAGCUUGCGCGCUAUCGAAGCCGCGCCUUCGCCCGACGCCGACGAACCGCAAUUGGUGCGCCUCAGCGCCUCUGGCGGCGACACUGCGUGCAGCAAGAACACUUUCAGCGGAGGAGGCGGAGGCGGUGUUGUUGCCUUCGGCUCCUACAAUAGCUCGGCUCCGUGGAUCAACGACGCCACCAAGUUUGACGUAUCCGUCGGUGGUGGCAGCAUGUCCGCCUAUUGCCAGCAGUACGUGCCGAAAUCCUACUGGAGAACCUUGGCGGGGAAGCCAGGCGAGGCGCUGCCACUGGCGUCCUGCAAGCCCGGCUUCGCGACGAUGUUCUGCACGCCGUGCCCCGUGGGCAAGUACUCCCCAGGCGGCUUGGUCGGCGACUGCCUGGAGUGCACCAACAAGCAGGGCUUCUCCAACUACACCGACAGCACGUGGCCGAACUCUUCCUGCAGUUAUGUGUGCAACCCCGGCGUGCCGUUCGUGGCCGUGAACGGCGCGUGUUUGGGCGCCGCCGGCUUCUUCUUCCACUUCUUCGGGGGCACCUGGGGCCUGCUCUCGAUGUGCCUCAGCCUGGCGGUGCUGUCGGGCCUGCUGCUGUGGCGCUCGAGGAGGGCGAAGCGACGGCAAGACGCACAGGAGAGGGCCCGGCCCAGCCCUUCCGAGACCGUCAGCCCAGCUGCAUCGUUCGUGCAGGCCACGCGCACGACCAACUCGCCGCCCACGCUGGCUGCGCGGCUCAGCGCCUGGCUGCGGUCGUGCCGGAGCCGGCUGCAGCUCUGCGUCGGCGCGCAGGUUCGGGACGAGGGCGGCUUGCACUUCACGACCGAGCACCUGCCCUUCCACACGAGCCGGAUCUACUUCGCCGGCUCGAACCGCAGCGGCGACCCCUGGGCCGUGCCGAGGGAGCUGCCAGAUCAGCUGGCCUGCGAGGUCUCGGAGCAGGGCUGGCAGCGGCUCGCGCUGGAGGCUGGUGCGCUGGCGGCGGUGCCGAGGCCCGAGAGCCUGGCUCACGUUGCUUCGAUCUGCUCUACCCCCCGCUGUCGAUGCUGCAUGGCCGCUGGCGCCGGGGGCACCGCGCGGCGCGGCUCGCGCGCCUGGCACGCGGGCUGUCCGAGGGGCCGAACUUCUGGAGGCCCUUGCGCGCGACGUUCGAAGCGAAGGGGCAGCUGGUGAUGUGCUUCGGCCGGGACCCAAGCGCGACACUGGGCUUCCUCGACUUCUUCAAUUUCUCGCGGUCGCCGCUCGACUGGGCGCCGGUGGACUUGCGGAGGCAGGCGCGGCUGCUGCCCGUGUGCGGCCUGGGGACGCAGGCGGAGCCGCUGGCGGUGGACACGGCGGACCCACUGAUCGAGGACUUGAUGCAGACAGACCUCGGCAGAGCUUCGGUUUGCGACAUGAUCGUGGCCUUCAACAACGCGUCGCGGCUCGUCUCCCAAGGAGAGCUUCUGCACAGCUCGCUCUCGGAGAUGGUCAUGGACCUCCACCGCUCCCUGAAGAGGUGUGCGGAGGACCGCGGGCUGCAGAGACAUGCGCACGUGCUCAGGGCCGUGCGCUCACAGAGCAUUGAUCCAUCAGCCUUUGCCGUUUCGUAGAUGGUGGACCGUUGAUCCAUCGAUCAUCAACAGUCGAUCGGGACAUGCGCGAUCGACCGAGCUCGACCGACCCGGUGUACUGUCC